AUGGCGGUGGAGAGUACUAUCUGGCUGUUCUGUCUACUUUCGCUGGCAUACUGUGGUCCGUUCACGCAAGAGAAACCUCUGUCGGUGGAGCUGAGCUGUGGGGCCGGGCCUGUCCAUGUGGUGUUGGAGCCGGGAACACCCCUCCUGCUUGAUUGCAACCUGGGGGCUAGUGACCCGCCCUUCAACGUCACCUGGCUACGCAAUGGCCAGCCCCUGCACCUGGAUGGGCGGGACUUCCUGCAGCAUUUAUCAAAUGGAUCACUCCUCCUGUUGCCCACCUUUAUGGAUGGGCAUGCUUCCCCGGGCCUUGAGGGCAGCUACAGCUGUGUGAGUGCCAGUGCCCUGGGAGCUCUGACCAGCCGGACCAUCACCGUGCUCUUGGCAAGCCUAUCGCCGUUCCAUCAGGACCCAGCAUCUCAAGUAGUACCCGUUGGGGGUGCUGCCCGCUUUGAGUGCCAGAUUGAAGGUGUGCCUACACCCGUUAUUACCUGGGAGAAGGACCAAGCGGCGAUCCCUGCAGAGACACGGUUUAUAUCCCUCCCUAAUGGGGUGCUCCAGAUUCUGGAGGUUACCAGGGGGGAUGAGGGUGCCUAUCGCUGUGUUGCCUCCAAUUCUGCCAAGACGCGUCUGAGUCUUGAAGCCAGCCUCACCAUCACUACAGGCUCUACACAAGCCCUUAACAAAGUCGAAAUAGUGGCGCCACCUCAGAACGCCACGGUGGUGCUGGGCCGUCCUGCUGUGAUGGAGUGCAUGGCACAAGGCCAGCCGAAACCUCUGGUAUCCUGGAGCAGGCAAGACGGAAAGCCCAUCUCCACUGAUGUGGUUGUCCUGGCAACGAACCUGGUGAUCCGGGACACGAGACGCCACCACGCAGGUGUCUACGUCUGCCGGGCCAAUAAGCCCAAGACCAGAGAGUUUGUCAUUGCCGCUGCUGAACUGCAUGUGCCUGCCCCUCCGGUGAUCCUCCAGCCCCCCGAGACUGUGUCCCUCUCCCGGGGAAACACAGCUAGAUUUGUGUGCAACAGCUCUGGGGAGCCUCCCCCAGUGUUGUAUUGGCUGAAGAACGGCCAGCCCAUCCGAUCGCUGAGAAGGGUGAAGACCCAGGGCCCUGGGGUCCUGCUCAUCAACCAGCUGGCACUGGAGGAUGCUGGCUACUACCAGUGUAUAGCAGACAACAGCCUGGGAACAGCCUGUGCCACUGCUAAGCUAACAGUCAUUGUGAGGGAGGGUCUGCCCAGCCCUCCUCGCCACUUAUCCGUCACGCCCCACGCCAGCACCGCUGCCCUCCUCACCUGGGAGAAACCCGAACACAAUUCUGACCAGAUCAUUGGCUACUCUGUGCACUACCAACGCACUGCAGGAGGCUCAGAUAAUGUGGAGUAUCAGUUUGCAAUGAACAACGACACCACGGAGUACCACGUGAAGGAGCUCCUUCCCCACACAGCAUACACCUUCUACGUAGUGGCUUACUCCCCAAUGGGCGCCAGCCGCCCGUCCAUACCGGUCACAGUGGAGAUGCUGGAAGAUGUGCCCAGCACACCUCCUCAGCUGUCGAUAGCAAGCACCUCUCCCACAGACAUCCGCCUCAUGUGGCAUCCGCUGUCCUCCCAGCACAGCAGAGGAGCUGUCACCCGCUACCGGAUUGAGUACAGCACUCUGGAUCAGGCGGACCAAGUGUUCUCUGUGGAAGUGGCGGGUAAUGAGACCCAGUUCACCUUAAGAGAGCUGCAGCCCAACCACACCUACCGACUGAGGAUGGCCGCCGGCACAGGAGCAGGAUUCGGCAUGCCGUCAGAGUGGACACACCACCACACACUAGCCCACUACAACAACACUAUGGUGAUUUUUGCCCCGACUGAGCUGAAAGUCAAAGCCAAAAUGAACACCCUCAACAUCACAUGGCAGCCUUCACCCAAUCACACACAGAUCUCUGGCUAUAAGCUGUCAUGCAGAGAGGUGGAGGCUGAGGAGCAGGUCAGCGGGCAGAGGACACCACUGACCCACAUCAUCCGGCUACGCAAGAAGGCCCGGCAUCAUCUAAUCACUGACCUAGUCUCUGAUCAACAGUAUGAGGUGAGGGUGUGGGCCUUUAACAAGCUGACAGAGGGCUCUGCUGCUGUGUGGAAGGGCAGGACGGAAAAAGUCCGCGACGCAAAGUUGCCUAUGGUGAGCCCCCUUCCAUUGCCGCCAAGUGGCGUCCAAGCUACAGCCAACAGCUCAACCUCCAUCUGGCUGCGCUGGGAGAAGCCCCGCUUCAGCAACUUGCGCAUCAUCAACUACACGGUGCGCUGCAGCCCGGCAGGCAUCACCAACGCCUCACUCGUCACCUACCACACCAGCUCUGCACAGGAAAUUCUGUUGGGGGCAUUGAAGCCCUUCACCCUCUACGAGCUGGCGGUGCAGUCCAAUGGAGUGGACGAGGUGGGACCCUUCAGCGGCAAGGUGGAGGAGUCUACUCUGGCUGACAGGCCGUCUACACCCCCAGAGGAGCUGCAGCUGAGUGCUUUGGACUCGUCCUCUGUGCUGGUGAGCUGGCGCCCUCCGCUGGAGCCCAAUGGUAUUAUUAUCAGCUACCGGAUUCUGUACAGUGGCAACCUCAGCCAGCCUGAUCAGCUGUGGGCCAGCCUGUCUCAGGAUGGGACCAUUACCAGUACAGAGAUUCAGGGCUUGGCCAGUGGUACCCGUUACUUCUUCAAAAUGGGAGCGUCCACUGAGGUGGGGCAGGGGCCUUACUCGCCGAUCAAGGACGUACACACUCCCCCUCAAAAAUAUGAGCUGGACAUCCAUGCAGUGACCGGCAUCAUAGUUGGUGUGUGUUUAGGGCUGCUGUGCAUCCUCCUGUGUAUGUGUUUCAGCUUCCGCAAUGGUAAAUCCAGGGAGGUAUCUGGAGGGCUGAACUCUGCAGCUCUGACCCCCGAGUACAGGAGAGGGGGGCGGCCUGUGCCCACUAGCGUGCCGGAGCGCAAUGAUUGCCAUGAACUGGAGACGCUGAUGCCCCCGGGCAGACAGGAGCCCGGCCAGCAAAUGUCAGCUACCCCUGAGGAGCAAAGCCUGAUGUCUAGUGCUGCAUGGAAUGGCUCUGUGAGUCGAAACUGGGCCAACAGGAUCACCAGGUACAGGGACACCAUAACAGAGGACUCGCCUACACUCAUCAAUGGAGCGCUCAACAUAUUAAAAAAUGAUGACGGCAAGGAAUUAGAGGAGCAUCUGUUCUCCUCCCUGUGCAGUAACCAGGUCGAGGCGGAGGUAAUCGUUCACUCAGAGCUGUCCGAUCCGGGGAGGGAGAAAGGAGAGGUGGGGUGCAAUGGGGAAGAAGAGUCUGACGGCACCAGGGGACUUUCAUUUUCUGAGGUCGGACACUCCCCUCUCAGCCGCUCUACCCAGCCGGGACGGGAGGAGCCUAUAUUACCAUCGCCAUUUGCCCAAACCCCCAUGGAUUCCUCCUUCCCCGUAAAGUUUGUGUCAAAUCACAAUGGGGAGCUUGAAGGGGUGACAGCCCAGCGUACUGCAGAUCUCCAGCUAUACCAGGAUGUGGGGCUGACCAACGGCUUCCAUUCGCCCAAAGCCCUGCAGUCACAGCUGAGGCCGGAGCCCCUGGAGAAUGGGGACUCCAGACACUGCCUCCCAGCCCUGGGCAAGUCCAUCCCCUCUGGGCUGCCUUUGUCCCCAUCCCCAUUUGUCAGCUCCGGCCUUGUCCAUGCUACCUCAACAGCACACCUGUGA